CGUCGAUGUCUGAGGAAAUUCCUGACGGACCGAGUCGGGGCCAGGGCUAUACGGGGCCUGCCGGCGGGUGUCAUGGCACCAACAGGGGCUGGGCUCGACUUGGCCUUGCGAGGAGCCGGUAAGCUGCUGCUUAUUUAUCCUGCGACCCUUCCCUGAAUUCCUCUGAACCAUGGGGGAACACAGUCCUGAGAGUGUCAUCUAUUAUGAAGUGGAGGAAGAUGACUUGGCACAGGAGGAUAAACCAUUAAGGUUUGUGGACAAGAAUGGCCUUGUCUCAUCUUUGUCACGGACAGUGUACGACAGAACAACAGUCCUCAUUGAACAAGACCAAGGGUCACUGGAGGAAGAAGAUGAUGAAGGGCAGUGUGGCGAUCCUCUGACUUUUCUACCAGAAGGUCAUGAGGACAGGUUUCAUUUGAUAGCGGACCAUGAAGGAAUAUCCCAGGGUUAUGUCCAGCACAUUAUUUCUCCGGAUCAGAUUCAUUUGACUAUCAACCCUGGUUCAACUCCGAUGCCACGAAACAUAGAAGGAGCCACCCUUACUUUGCAAUCAGAGUGCCCUGAGACCAAGUUUAAAGAAGUGAAACGCUACCAGUGCACAUUUGAGGGCUGUCCUCGUACCUACAGCACUGCAGGUAACCUGCGCACCCACCAGAAGACGCACCGAGGGGAAUACACCUUUGUGUGUAACCAGGAGGGCUGUGGAAAGGCUUUCCUGACCUCCUACAGUCUCAAAAUCCAUGUUCGCGUCCACACCAAGGAGAAACCUUUUGAGUGUGAUGUUCAAGGCUGUGAAAAAGCCUUUAAUACACUGUACAGGCUGAAAGCCCAUCAGAGGCUUCACACAGGGAAAACAUUCAACUGUGAAUCAGAGGGUUGCAGCAAGUAUUUCACUACACUCAGUGAUCUACGGAAACACAUUCGGACUCACACCGGCGAGAAGCCCUUCAGGUGUGAUCAUGAUGGUUGUGGAAAGGCGUUUGCUGCAAGUCACCACCUGAAAACGCAUGUCAGGACACAUACAGGUGAGAGACCCUUCUUCUGCCCCAGCAAUGGUUGCGAGAAGACCUUCAGCACACAAUACAGUCUCAAGAGUCACAUGAAGGGGCACGACAAAGGGCCCUCCUACACUGUUCUCUCCAACAGCAACAUCUCUGAGGAUACGAACCAAUCGCUCUGCCUGAGCGACUUGAGCCUCAUGUCCACAGAUUCAGAUUUGCGGGAUAAUUCUAAUCCAAUACAUGGACAGGACCUGAACACCAUCUCACCAGCCUGCAUUUUCGAGUCCAUAUUCCAGAGCCCAGAACCUCCUGCCACUCAGGAAGACUCUCAGCAAACAGCCGCCUUGAUCGAAGGUGUCAGUGGCGAUGCGGACUCAGCCCCUGCCAGCCAGCCAUCUGCGGGAGAGGCCAGACCGUUAUCCCUGCCGCUCGUUCUGCAGCUCGGUAUUUCUGAGCCCGCCCACCCCGUACCACCUCCUGCCCCCGCCAGUCCUCUGCGAGAAGCGUAUGAAACCCCAGCUGCUCUCUUACAGACCCCAGAAGUGCCUGCUUCUAACAGCACAUUCUUUGCAGCGAAUCCUCAGAACAUUCUGCAGCCUGUUCAGCCGCCUCUGCAGCCCCUUGGGGCUGGACCGCCUGUGGUCCAGGGUGCUCCCGCACAAGCCAUGGCCAGUGCUCCAGAGGUGCUGUCCAGUGGAGUUCAAACGGUGCCCCUCGGAGGGAGCUCUGUGCUGUCUGGCAGUCCAACCAUCACCAUCACCCCUUCGCAAAGCGCAGCCAUUCUGCAGUCCAGCAUCGUCAUGGGGGAACAGAACCUCCAGUGGCUUCUCAACGGUGCCAGCAGGAUGCCCCAAAAUCAGGAGCAAAUGUCGCAGGCCCCGGUGGUGGAGAAUGUCUUCUUUACUACUACCUUGCCUGUUGCUGGUAAUGCAGGGAGCUCCGUGCAGCAAAUUGGCCUAAGCUUACCCGUGAUCAUCAUCAAGCAAGAGGAAGCCUGUCAGUGCCAGUGUGCCUGCCGGGACUUGGUCAAAGAAAAAGCCAGCAGCGGGAAGAGCUGUUCCACAUCUGACUCCAAACCCCCAGGGGAACCUCCUCCACCAGGGCUUCAACCUCAGUCCUUCCCUGUUGCCAUUGCUGCGGCCUCCUCCACUGCUGCCCUCUCUUCCACGUUGCCUCCUUCCUGCGAGCAGAGCGCUCUGGCGGGGAAACCGUCAGAUACGCAGACCCAAUCCCUAAGUGCCAUGGACGUUUCCGACUUCCUUUCCCUACAGAACCGCGAGGCCCCCUCUCCACUCAGCCCCAUUGAAGCCCUGCUGCAGAGGGAUGAAGAGCUUGGCAGCAGCUUCCCCAAGUGAUGCCCUCCUGCUCCCGAGGGAAGGUUCAACAAGAGCCUGCUGUGCUCCCUGGCCCUGGAAUCCUGUCCUUAGGAGAAGCGGCUUGUCCGGAGAGGAAAGGCAAAGAUGCGCCUGAACUACUGGGCCGCUCUCUUUCGUCUCUCCCCUUUCAACUUCUUGUGAAUGAAUGGGGGAAUCAGAGUCACGUGGAGGGGGCUGUAGGGGCCAGCUGCUGCCUGCUUGCACAUAGCUUGGUGGAGGUUAGGAAAUGGUGUGGGCAGCAUGUUGAAGUCCUUGUUACAGUCUGCACUAGAGUGUGCACUAUUAUGAGGUGGGGAGAGGGACGGUGAGCCGGGCUCCCAUUGGAGAGGCAACUGCACUUUUCAAGAUGGUGCCACCAACUUCAGGGCCAGGGAGGAAGAGAGUUUGCGCGCCUUCCCCAAGGGAGGGUUUCCCCGCUGCUUGGAAGCUCUGGAAGUCUAAGCGAGGCACAUCUCAGAGUUUGCACUGGAGUAAAAUGCUCUUGCUCUGUAGAGGCAGCCAAGUUGUCAGACUUUCUCUCUCUCUUUCUGUCCUACUUGGUAGCUGAAUACCACUCUCAGGAGCAGCGGCCUGGGUGUUUACAGAGAUGUCGGUGGCUCAUUUGCACUGUUUCAGCUUUACCAGAACCACUUGCCCAGCACUGCCGCUUUGCGAUGUAGCAGACACAGCAAUAGGAGCUUAGCAAAAGUCUCUCCAGAACAGCUCCUUCCCUUGCAAGGAGUACUCAUGGUUUGCUUCCCAGAUUCUUCCUCUUGGCUGUCAAGCAGUUCCAUUCCUGCCCAAUUCUGCCCUCUGCCUGCUGCUGCGCAAAUUACAGCCUCCUUCUAACUUACUCAGGGUAAAAGUGUAACACAGACUCCCUUCACACUAAUGCCUGUAGUGUUUUGGGAAGCAUCCUCUUUUCUAACCGUACUGCUUUGAGGGUUCUGCCCACAUGUCUGAAUUUCUGACCUGUCCUUUCUGUAUUUUGUAUGCAGAAUAGUUUGUCUCAUGGCAGGGAGCUAUCAGGAAACUUCUUACAUACCAGGGAAUAAAUGAAAUGGGCUGCUGGGGGCAGACUUGGGACUUCCUUCUCUGGAAUUUCCCCUGGUGUAGGAACGAUGAGGCCAGUAACUCCCAGCCUAGCACCCCAGGGAGGGGUGUUCAGAAAGCAUUAGAGCCAGCUAAUAAGGGGCUGAAGCAUUUUGGUAGGUCUGGGCCAUCCUUGGGAAGGGGGAAAGGUUGUCUACAUGGGAACAGUGGAUUCUUGCUCCGUAAAGAGGGAUAGCCUGAAUUGUGCAGGGCUGUCUGGAGGUGCUGCCUAACAGUCUCAGUUCGAGCAUGGUAGAGAGCAGAGAGGACAGUCUUGGGCCUGGAGAUUGUUGGGCUGCAGUGGUUGGCUUGGAGUCCCAAGCAGCACAGUGCACAGGAGGAGGUGUCUUGUCUGGCCUUCUUGCAAUCUGCUGUUGGUUUUUCGAGGGGCCUGUCUGGUCCUCUGACUGCAGCAGGAUUUGGUUCACCUUUCAGUUGCCCCCGUGGUACGACACGCAGCACAUACCACUAAAGCAGGCCACUUCAGCAAUUAGUCAGAGGCUUGGAGCAGCAGACAUUCACACACAGGCUCUGGGGAGCAGAGCAGCUGUCAGGGGAAUUCCUUUUUUGGAUAUUCUCUCUUUUCGACUCCUUUGAGCUUAUUAUUAAAUUGAACUCAAACCGUAACCUUUUGACAAUGGCCAUCUCCUUCCCAUGAAUGGGAGUAUAGCUGGGGUGGGGGAGUUCCUUGGUUGGAGAUGGAGAGGCCCCCAUUCUGGACUUCCAAAGGAUUGGGAUUUGCACCAGGACACCACCUUUGGUAGGUUUGUCUGUUUGGAAUGGCUGUUGAGGAGGUGCUAAUGAGCAUGGAUGCUGCUCCUACAUUUAGGGCCCGACUAAUCUUGCUUCUCUGCUGGGCAGGGUGAUUUGGUUGUGCUAAGGAUCCCGGGCAGGAAGAACAUCAUGCUCGGGGACGGAAGGGAAUGUCUGGAAUCUGCUGCAUUUGCUAAAGGCUGCUAAUGGGAAUCUAGAGAAGAAAAGUUACUUUGCUAGGGCUGCUCCAUUUACACAAACAUGCUGGGCUAUAUAAUGCACUUUAGUUCUCUUUAAGACUGCUGCAAUUUUCAUUUAUAAGUGUUUUUCAGAAAGUUUUUCCCCUCUUUUUUUUUUUGGUCUGACUAAAAAUUAAUGUGGUUGUGCAAAAAGAAGAGCACUUAACCUCAGUGCAAUACGUGUAUCUAGAAGCAGCAUCUACAUGCAGUCUGGGGGUGUAUGUGUCUGUAUGGAAUUGGUGUAGGAACCAGCUCAGUGACGUGUGCUUCACCCCCUUCUAAUUUAUGCAUUCUUUAAAAAAUGACCAGUCUAUGCAAAAAAAAAAAAGGUGGUGCAGAAUCAGACUGUACACAAUCGGGAUCACUCAUGUUUUCCGAGGUGAUUCUGGCCACUGCUGAGAUGACAGAAUCUGGCUUGAUGCAUCUGCCUUCCUCUUUUAAAGGCCUCCCAGAAAGGAAGGGACCACGGGAGAGGGAGAAGUCUGUCUUUCAUUGGGUUUGUAUCACCUUUAGCUCUUCUGGGUGUCCUAUUUCGGCAUUACUUCACUGCGAGGUAUUCGCCAUCCAAAGUGGCAAAAUCCUUCAAGGAGCUUGCAGUCCCUUCUGAAGCUUUCUCACAAACAUGAUCCAUAAAGGACUGAAAGAAACCCAACGAAAGAAGUUCGGUUUGACAGAUGUAGAGGAGAUAUCGGCCGCUUCACUGACGGCUUCCUCUUUGCAACCCUCCACAAGACCCUCUUGGUGACUGGGGUUAAUUGGGCUAGGAAAUAGAUACUCCUUUCUCUGGGUCACAGGUGUUCAGCGGGGGUAUUUUUUGUAACCAGUUUUGCAAGUGGUCUUUCCAGAUUUUUCACAAGUAUCCUCUCUUGUUGGGGACAGGGCUAACCUUUAAACUUUUGCAUCUCAUCCUGCUUUCUUUCUAGGGUUGGUUCCACACUGCGAAAUGCCAAGGAAACUGGAUAGUUACGUGGGGCAUGUGGGUCAACAUGUGCUCAUUUGUGAAAACUAUUUUAGUGGUAUGCACACUGGCCAAAAUAGAAAGAAGGAAAGGUUUCUGUGCAGGAGACACUUUCAAGUUUCUAUUUACCACUCUUCCCCCCCCCCCCCACCCCGUUUUGCUAUCUGCUCCCCUCCUUCAGUCUUCCCCAGGAAAGGGGCUGUCUAUUAACUGAAAUGGCUGCUUUCUUUGCUCUGCCCUGUUGUCUCUUCCCAUCUGCUGAGAUACUGAAACUCUUUAUGCAGUGAAAGAGGAACUGCCGUUCUCUCCAGCACCAACUAGAAAAUUUGGAGAGUGGUGCUAAGGCCUGAUGUGGUGCCUUAGAGAGGAUUUUGAUUUUUUUCCCCCUUUUGCAUAGCUAGGGGCGCACCAGAAGAGAAAGAGGCUGCUUUGUCUUUGGAAAACAGUCAUGGAUUUGUCUGUUUCUGUUGAGCAGGGAUAUGACUGGUUGUUAUGCCCACCUCAUGGAAGUGUGAGAUGGAGGGCAAAGUUGGGGAAGAAAAUCAUUUGUUGCUGUCACACUAGAGUGGGGAAAAUGGGGACUUCCAAAGUUCAUCAGAUAACUCACUUGCAAAGGGACUUUGGUCGUACCAUUACAGCCUGGAUUUAAGUGGGUGGCCUGCAAACUGAGCACAUCUCUGGCUUCCUCCCUGACAAAGAGGCCCAGAAUUUAGUCUCCUGCUGCCUGCAUCUCCAGACACUCUUGAGAACCGGAGAUGGUUUGAGGUCAGCUUCUCUCAGGAGUUGUGUGUAUUGUGUUUAAACAAACUUAAUUUAACUCUGAACAUGGGAACAAAUGUCCUUGCAUUGAGUGAUGUGAAGAUGUUAGUUACAGGUACAGUACUUCCAAAGGAAGAGUCUCUCCCAAAUCCCCCAGAGGUGUAAACAUGAAUUUGUAUUUUUGAAGAAUGUACAAUGUGAAAUAACAGUGUUUGCUUAACAACUACUCGAUUUUGUAUGAAACAUUAAUACUGUACUUUGAAAUACCUGCAAGGAAGUGAAAAUUAAUUUUUUUAAUUGAAAGCAAUAUUAAUACGAAUGGAAUCUUAAUUAAACGCUUAUUUAAACCUGG